GGAAAAUUUUUCAUCGAUGUUUCAGUGAUUGGAUUUUUCAUCCAGUUAGCCAGAAUUUAUUGCUCAUGAGAAAGAAGAGUAUGGGCCAGAAAAAACGCGAUAGCAGAGCAUUAGGGGGGAAAUAAAUUGGAUGGGUCGACGCGUCGGCUCUUCGACUUCUCCCGAUCUUCGACUAACAAGAUAUCGAACUUCAAUUCUUUCUACGAAAUUUAUAUCAUUUUCGGUCUGCGCAUCAGUCAUGGAGAGCCAUAAAUACGUCACCAUCUUACUUCUCGUUUGUGGGAUCUUCGAGGGUUAUUCCCAUCCUCAAAGCAACGAGUCCUUAUCGCCCGAAGCAGUUCGCACGUUGCUCGAAGAGAUGUCCAUUCACACCGAAGGAUCCAAUAAUGAACCUUUAAAAGAAACAGCCCAUGAAAUGGACAUUGCGGAAACAGAAAUCAACUACCAAAACGCUGCAAGAAUUAAAAGAGACAAAAAGCCCGAUGGUAUCGAUAAGUCGAAUAAAGCUAAUAAGAGCCAGAGACUCGCCGGGCUUAUGCGACCGAGAAGAAUCGACCAUGCUGCUAUACAAAGAUAUCUACAAGUAGUUCAACAAUACCAAAGAACUAUUGACCAAUAUAUAGAGCAGGGUCUAACUCAAGAUGCCGCGAUCGCUCGCUUUGAAAGUGAACAUUCGGAUCUGGCUGACCAACUAGUUCAUGGUCCAAACCAAGGGAACUAAGUUUUUCGGAGCAGCCACAAAUGUAUCCAAUCGGUUUAUCCGAAGACGUUUACCCCCAUCGCAUUGUCUGAAUGAAUAUAUUGAUAAACUUUAAUAAUUUUAUUUUUCUUAAGAGUAUGCAUCAGUCGACUAACCUCACUUGGAAUUUUCGAAAUCAAACUGGCGUCAAAGAAUUUCGAUUUCGAAAUUUGCAGCUAUCUUCCGGUUGCGAUAUAACGACAGAUCCAUCCUCUUAAUUAUCGUUUUUAUUUUUCAAAACACUUGAAAAUUAGUAAGUGACAAUCGCGGCCUUGUUUUUGUAGGAUUAUUUCGAGACUUUUUUCUUAGAACUGCUAUGCUGAAGUUCUUGACAAUUGCAAAGAAAAAAAUAAAGAAAAA